UAUCGGCGGAUAUUUACGUUUUUUUUUAGUUCGUUGUCCGAGCGCAAACUUCAUAGCGUUUUCGAUUUGACGCACUUUUUGCACUCGGUGCGCACUGAGCGCAAAAACGUAUUCGAUUUGACCAAUAUUCAGUGAACUGGUGCGGUGUUUUGUAUUAGAUUUAAUUGCACUGACAACUCUCGUGCGCAUUUUCUGCUCCGCCGAUUUUGUCAGUGCAACGACUAACGAGUGCAUUUUAUAAAUAUGAACCGUUUUUCUCGAUAACGGGGAACAAAAUACGGCGGCCCUAUUAAGAAUUGUAUUUCUUUCCAUGUCAACAUAUUUCGUUUUCCAUAAUAUUACACAUAAAUGUAUUCAAUUUAUAAGAAACUAAUGCAAUUUUCAUGCAACACAUGCAGCUCUGUGCCAGUGGAAUUUCAGUGCACACUAUUUUGUCAAAUCGAAAACGCUAUCAGUGAUACCCGCGUGACUUAAUAACUUACUGAUAUCAUAAUCAUAUUUUCAAUUUUGUCCGUUAAAAUAAUACAAUAUUGUGAAUUGUGGUAGUGCACUAAACGGCUGAACUUCUUUAUUGUAUUCAGUUCCGAGUUGCCAGUUAUACAGCUGAUAUAAACUUACAACAUGUCUUCAAAUACUUAUCGUGUUCGUAAAUUGGCUUCCAUAAACAACGAAAACCCAAUAAAAAAUAUAAAGAAUAGUUUAGUUACAAAUCGCAAAAAAAAUGCUUUGCAAGUGUUGACAAACACAGUACAGUCAACCAAAAAGUCUGAUGGUAAAGGUAUUAAACAAUUAAAGGUAUUGCCCAUGAAACAUUUUGAGACAGAAAUAAAAUGUAAAUCGCCAUUACAAGACUUCACUAGCGAUCCAAAUGAAGAGUUUAAUCAUUUUGAUUGUAGAACACAGGAAAAUGAUGUCUUGCCUUCAAGUAUGACUUGUAACAUUGGAAUGUUGAGUGAAUUUUUUGGUGGCAAUAAUAAUGACACAAGUGAUUGGUUUCUUGAAGACUAUCAUAAAAUAAUGAUCCAUAAAAUCAAAAAUCAAUUUGAUAAUUUUGGAGAACCAGAGAUUGAUUCCUUUCCCUCAUUGCCAGUAAUGGAUUUUCCAGAAAUAAUAUUUGCUUAAGUAAUUUAAGAACGUGGGUUAUAAUUUAUUAUUUUCUGUAUAUUUAUUUAAAUUUAAUGAUUUUGUUCACAUCAUCUAUCAAUAUGAUUAGUACAAGUUUUAUUUUUUAUAUUCAUUAAAUGAAUACUUAGCGGUAUAAAUGACAAAGGAUUAUUUUCCUAUAAUAAUAUUUUUAAAGACUGCUUCUAUAGAAAAUAUAGUUAUCAAAAUAUUAAAAUCAUUAAUCUGAAGAUGGAAAAUAAAAAGAAAUAUUGAUAAACAUACUUUGAAAUUAUUGAACUAUGAGUACUAUACUAUUAUGUUGUGUUGAUUGUCAAUUUGUAUUAUUUCUGUAUUAGGUAUGGUGACAAUAGUACAUUUAUUCAACAGUAUUUAUGUAAAAUUUCUUUGAACAUAUUCUUAAUUAUAUCAUUUGACAACAUUUAUUAUACUUGGGUAUAAAAAUAUAUUAAAAUGAUUACAAUUCA